UGACAGACUUGCCCGGUCGACAGGGAAGGUCAAAGUCACCAUUUGUCUCCUACAAAUGCAAAAUAGAAAGCAGCAAUAAGUGAUUCUCGCAUCUGUGUGGGAGAUUAAACUCACUCGGGGUGUAAUUUGAGCUCUAUCGCACACUUCCAAUCUCCUUCCAAUUAAGCGGCGCAGUGGGGUUCCUCCAGCGGGAGGAGAGCACUCGCAGUGCGGACUCGCUCGCCUCUCGUAGGCGGUGCUUCCUCGCCCCCCAACCCGCUUCCCCCUAUCCGUCGAUCUCACGCGCUAUCGCCGCCCUCCAGGGAGAGGCGUACCCGAUGAGCGAGCGACUCUUUCCUCGUUUCCUACGUCUUCAAUCGCAACCGGUCUGCGGUACGGGACUGUGCUGGACCUCAUUGUGGAUUUUUCUGCCCUCCUCGAGCUUUGAUUGAAAACGAAGUCGGAAUCAAAGCGAGAAAGAGAAAUGCUGCAAGCAUGUGGAUGUUUACCUUUUUUGGAUGCUUGCGCGGUUCAUUGCCUUGAGGAGGUGGAGUGUUUUUAACGCUUAACGGGAAUUCCGAUUGUUUCCAGGUUCCCGUGAACGCAUCAUGUCCACAGCCAGCAGGCUCAAAAGAGAGAGUGCAACAUCUCAGCUGCCCCUGGUGGUUCUCACUAGAGUUGGAGGAGGAGAGGAGGAAAAAGAAGAGAGAACACCUGACCGAGGCCUACGCGCAUACACUUGCAGGGGGAUGAGUGAGGGGUCACUCCAGUGGGACGCUCAGGUGUGAUUCUCUGCCCCGCCAUCGCCGUCGCCGUGGCAACUUGACAACCGGCCCAGUGGGUCCGCAGCCUUGGAUGUGACUGAGCUGUCAACGUUUCACCACUGGGAAGCAACCCCCCAUCAUUUUUGGCUGCAUGGACGCGUCGUCAAAGUCGUGGCUGCCGCAUCAGGGUCAGUUUGGGUUGGGUGGUCAAGUGGAAGUGUGCUGUGGCGGACCUGGCGUUUUAACCCCAAACCAAUCCCGCAGGGCAAGUUUUGCCUCUGUGCGACAGUCAAGCAUGGAAACGCCUCCCAACGCCACCCCGCAGUCCUUCAGACAACCGAGUUUCCUCAAUCGAAGGUUGAAGGGCUCCAUCAAGAGGGCCAAAAGUCAACCCAAACUGGACCGGACCAGCAGCUUCCGACAGAUGAUCCUGCCUCGGUUUCGAAGCGCCGAUCAAGAGAGGACCCGCUUGAUGCAGAGUUUCAAAGAAUCCCACUCCCACGAGUCACUGCUUUCUCCCAGCAGCGCCGCCGAGGCCUUGGACUUGGUGUUGGACGAAGACGCCGUCAUCAAACCGGUCCACUCCAGCAUUUUAGGACAAGAGUAUUGUUUUGAGGUGACCACUAAUUCAGGGACCAAAUGUUUUGCCUGCCGUUCCGCUUCGGAGAGAGACAAGUGGAUCGAAAACCUGCAAAGAGCCGUCAAACCCAACAAGGUCAACUUAAGACCCAUUUUAAAGCGAAUUCAACGGAUCAGUUCUUCAUUCCGUUUUGAAUGUAUUUGUCGAUUCCAGGAUAACAGCAGGCGCGUGGAAAACGUGCUCAAGUUAUGGAUCAUCGAAGCCCGAGACCUGCCCACCAAGAAGCGCUACUACUGUGAGCUGUGCCUGGACGACAUGUUGUACGCGCGCACCACCAGCAAACCUCGCACGGACACCGUCUUCUGGGGCGAGCAUUUUGAGUUCAACAACCUGCCCACCAUUCGUAGCCUUCGCUUGCACCUCUAUAAGGAAACGGACAAAAAGCGACGCAAGGAGAAAAGCACAUACCUCGGCCUGGUCAGCAUCCCCAUCUCCAGCAUCACGGGCCGUCAGUUUGUGGAGCAGUGGUACCCCGUCAUCCAGUCCAGCGUUUUAGCCAAGAGCGGCGGCGUCGGGAGCGGCAAAGUCAUCAACGCCUCGCUCCGCGUCAAGUCGCGCUACCAGACCAUGAACAUCCUCCCCAUGGAGCUGUACAAGGAGUUCGCCGAGUACAUCACCAACAACUACCGAACACUGUGCGCAGUUCUGGAGCCGCUGUUGAGCGUCAAGAGCAAAGAGGAAGUGGCGUUUGCCCUGGUGCACAUCCUCCAAAGCACCGGCAAAACUAAGGACUUCCUCUCCGACAUGGCGAUGUGCGAAGUGGAUCGCUUCAUGGAGCGCGAGCACAUGAUCUUCCGGGAGAACACGCUCGCCACCAAGGCCGUGGAGGAGUACCUCAAGCUGAUUGGUCACCGAUACCUGAAGGAAGGGAUAGGUGACUUCAUCCGAGCUUUAUACGAAUCAGAGGAGAACUGUGAGGUGGACCCCAUGCGAGUCCCACCGUCGGUCCUAGCGGACCACCAAGCUAACCUGCGCAUGUGCUGCGAGCUCUUACUCUGCAAAAUCAUCAACUCCCUCUGCAUUUUCCCCCGCGAGCUGAAGGAGGUGUUCGCCUCGUGGCGGGCCCACUGCGCCGAGCGCGGAAGGGAGGAGCUGGCCGACAGCCUCAUCAGCUCUUCGCUUUUCCUCCGCUUCAUGUGCCCGGCCAUCAUGUCUCCGUCGCUCUUCAACCUGACGCAGGAGUACCCGGCGGAGCGUACCUCGAGGACCCUUACGCUCAUCGCCAAAGUCAUACAGAACCUGGCCAGCUUCAACAAGUUUGGGCCCAAGGAGGAAUACCUGUACUUCAUGAACGAGUUCCUGGAGAUGGAGUGGGGCUCCAUGCAGCAGUUCCUCUACGAAAUCUCCAACACGGACGCCGGAGGGAACGCCGGAGGCUUUGAGGGCUACAUCGACCUCGGCAGGGAGCUGUCCAUGCUGCACAGCCUGCUGUGGGAGGUCAUGGGUCAACUCAGCAAGGACGCCAUUCUCAAACUGGGUCCGCUGCCUCGGCUGUUGAAUGACAUCAGCGUGGCGUUGCGGAACCCCCAGCUGCACGCCGCCACCAACCACCAGCCCGAGCGGCCCAAGGACCGGCUCUUCUCUCGGCCCACCUUCAAUCGUCUCAUGUCCUCCGACUUUCAGAGCCUGAUGAUGCGCGACUUAAACAGUUCUAUAGACAUCAACCGCCUGCCGUCGCCCCCCACCGGCGUGUCGGCCGUCGAGUCGCUCUCGUCCAACCUCAACAUGAGGCGCCAGGCCGAACGAGACCUGCGCUCGUCCCGGGAGGUGUUCUAUGUCACCCGGCCGCCGCUGGCCCGCUCCAGCCCGGCAUACUGCACCAGCAGCUCGGACAUCACGGAACCCGACCCCAAGGUUCACAGUGUGAAUAAGAGCGUGUCCAUGAUGGACCUCCAAGAUUCACGCAUGAACAGCAUCUCCAACCUGAACUCGGUGGGCGACAUGCUGACCUCCUCCCAGGCCUCCAUCGCCGGCCUGGGCCACAGCUUCGGCAACCUGGGCGGUCCCCUCCGAAUGGGCGGCCACCUGCCCAGCGGCUCGGCGGGCUCCGGCCUGAGGCUGAGCCAGAUGGGCCACAUCGGAGGCCCCACCGAGUCUAUCUCCCAGCAACAGCAGCAGGCGGCAGCGGCCAUGCACUACCCGCUGUCCUUCCAGAACCCUCUCUUCCACCUGGCGGCGCAGAACUCCCCGGCCCAGCCCCCGCCGCCCCUCAUCUUGGCCCCGGAGCCGGAGAACGGCCACCACGACUACGCGCCGGCGUUUGGCAAUAACGCCUUCUCCCGCAGCGAGGACCUGUCGGCGCUGCGCUCUCAGAACAGCCUAGUGCAGCCCAGCAUUGUCCACUCGCACAGCUACAGCGAUGAUUUCACCCGGCAGAACCACAACAAUGACUUUGUCUGGCAUCAGCUCUCACUGCAGGUGCAGGAGUCGCUCCAGCAGCAGCACAUGAUGGGCGUCACUUCUCAAACGCCCACCGGAACCGGCACGCCCGGCUCCUUGGCCACGCCGCCGACGACCGUCCACCCCGUGCGCCAGUCCUCCAUCGCUCCCCAGCACCUCAAGUCCCAGCGCUCCAUCAACACCCCGGCCACAGCCACGCCACCCAAGGCCCGACCCCAGAGCAGAAAUCUCUUACUGGACUCCAACGACGGCAACUUUGUCCAGGCCAAACAGCGGCAAACUCAGCCACCGCCGCAACAACAGCAGCAGCAACCGACACAAACGCAGCAGCAGGAGGCCGCCACGGACAGUCCGGCGCCCGGGCUGCCGUUUCAGACGGGCGCCGCCAAAGAGAACCAGAACCCAUCGUCCGUCGCGGCCGACGACUCGACGGACACGCCCACCAAAAGCGGCAAAAAGUCGCAACAGCUGCAGCCUCCUCAGCAACAUUUACUCAAACCGCUCGGCAACAAGCAGGGUUCCCAGUCCAACCUGAACGAGCGCACGGUGGCCUGGGUGUCCAACAUGCCGCAUCUCUCCGCCGACAUCGAGAGUCUGCGGCCUGACCGCGAGGGCCAGUUGAAGGAAUACUCCAAGAGCAUGGACGAAUCGCGUCUGGAGAGGGUGAGGGAGUACGAGGAGGAGAUCCACUCCUUGAAAGAGCGCCUCAAGAUGUCCCAUCGCAAGCUGGAGGAAUACGAGCAGAGGCUGGUGUCGCAGGAGCAGCAGACUAGCAAGAUCCUGCAGCAGUACCAGUGCCGCCUGGAGGACAGCGAGCGGCGUCUCAAGCAGCAGCAAGUGGAGAAGGAUUGCCAAAUCAAAGGCAUCAUCAACAGACUCAUGGCUGUGGAAGAUGAGCUGAGAGGGGGUGCCAUUCCUGAUAUUAAGCCUCGAAUCCUCACAGACCAGGGCUACGGGGCCCUCCCUGGAUCCUGACUGCCGCUACGAAAGCGACUAGGAUCCGUGAUGGUCAUCCAAGUGUGAGCGCAAAAUGGCCGACCGCUCCGCUUGAAGAUCUGCUUGCCAGUCAAGUAGGACCACACACACCCAAGCUCCUUGUCGCUACUAAAACUUUUCAAAGAAUUUCUGACAAUCACUUCACGGCGGAGACCAAUGCGUACAAAGACUCCGACUGGAGCUAACAUUCCGAGUUUCUUGAGCUAAAGCUACCUGAGUAUGAGGAUUUGGGGGAUUUUUUUCCUGGUUACAAAACAGCACUUGAAAAAGUAACCCUUACCCUAAAGCACAAAAAAAAAAAGCAGGAAGUUUAGAUUCAUCAUUAAAUUGUAAUGUCCCUAAAGAGUAGUGCAUGAAUGGUAGUGAUUACGUUUUUUUUUUUUUUUGGUACACCCAUUUUAGCACGCUUAGUCUUUUCUCCUGCUUUGUUUGUUCAAAUCCUUUUUUUCCCCCCAAGUGAAACUAGCAAGAAAGAAUGCCACACACGUUCCAUUUCUUUUCUGGUGCCGUUAUGGCUUUGAUACUACCUCAGAAAGCAGAAAUGUUCUGACUUUGCCCGGCCCAGUUCAAAAUGAACAAUAUAAAGUGUAGGAAAAUGUAAUAUCCGAAAAAGGCUAAUCCAUGAAAGUAAUGCAAACGGGACUCUGAAUGAAGGAUAAAUGAUGGGUUCCACAUAACAACUGUAGGUUAUCAAAUGCCAAUAUAUUAUUCAUUAAAUGACCUACUGGGUGUUGUAAAUGACUAUUUAAAGAGGAUUUGUUGCGUUCCAGUAGUCAGUAAUUUAUCCAACGUAGUCCUUAAUAUAUUUUAUAUUUGAAAUUCCAAUCCUGACAGUGUUUACCAUCCUUACAGAAAGAUGCACAAAUAAAGUCCGUUUAAAGUAAAGUCAAUUGAAGAUCCCACCGUGAAGCCACCUAAUGUUGUUUAUUGUGUCGGUGGCCUUUUUAAGACAGAUAAACGCUGGAUUCAAAUGUUAAGGUUAAUGAAGGCUUUUGUUGGGGAAAAAUCACAUUCCUGUAGACACCAUGAAACAGACACCUCCCACUAUGUGCCACCAUUUAUGGUCCAUUCCUAAGCGGGAAGGUAAUGUGGACAACUAUCACAGGGGUGGGCAAAAAUACUAGCGUUAAGUUAGAUCCACCCCCAUUCAUUGAUCAAUAAAUAGGUGGUUUAUGGUUGUGGUUAAUAUAUGUAUACUUGAAUGUAAAUAAUAAAUAGUUUAUCAUGAAAAUAUGAAUUGACAUUAACCUU